AUGCCGGAGACCGGGCAGGAGCCACCCAGCGCCCCUCCGCCUCCCCCCAAGGAGUCCUUCUACAUCAAGAACCUGCUCAACGGCGGUCCCCCCAAGGCGCCCCCCAAGCAGCCGCGGGCGCUGUUCGCCCCCUCGGGCAAGGCGGCGGUGGACGGCGCCGGCUUCGCCCUCUCGCAGGUGGGCGACCUCGCCUUUCCCCGCUUCGAGAUCCCGGCGCCGCGCUUCGCCCUGAGCGCGCACUGCCUGGAGCGCGCCCAGACCUGGUGGUACCCCUACGCCCUGACGCCGGCCGGAGCCCACCUGCCCCGCACGGAAGCCGCAGAGAAAUCCCUGCUGAGGGACUCGUCCCCCGCCUCGGGCACCGACCGGGACUCCCCGGAGCCGCUGCUGAAGGCGGAGGGGGAGCAGAAGGAGCUGGACUCCAAGAGCCCCGACGAGAUCGUCCUGGAAGAGAGCGACUCGGAGGAGGCGAAGAAGGAGGGAGGCGCGGAGGACUGGAAGAAGCGGGAGGAGAGCCCGGAGAAGAAGCCGUGCCGCAAGAAGAAGACGCGCACGGUGUUCAGCCGCUCGCAGGUUUUCCAGCUGGAGUCCACCUUCGACAUGAAGCGCUACCUGAGCAGCUCGGAGCGCGCCGGCCUGGCCGCCUCGCUGCACCUGACAGAGACCCAGGUGAAGAUUUGGUUCCAGAACCGCCGCAACAAGUGGAAGCGGCAGCUGGCGGCCGAGCUGGAGGCGGCCAACCUGAGCCACGCGGCCGCGCAGCGCAUCGUCCGCGUCCCCAUCCUCUACCACGAGAACUCGGGCGCGGAGGGGGGCGCGGGGGGCGGCGGAGCCCCCGGCACGCAGCCCCUGCUCACCUUCCCUCACCCCGUCUACUAUUCCCACCCCGUGGUCACCUCGGUGCCGCUGCUGCGGCCCGUCUGAGCCCGGCCGGCGCUGCGCGGAGGGGCGCGGAGAGGCGCGCAAGUCACCCGGCCGCUUGUAAGUACUGCAGCCCCCCGUGCGAGGCACCCGGCCGGCGUCUGCGGAGCGGGGGGGACUGAGGGGACACGAGUGCGGGGCUGGGGGGACCCCUCGGUAGGUGGUGGUAGGAGGAAAGUCGCGGAAAUUUAGGAGGGAAAAAAAAAAAAAAAGGAAAUAAAAAUGCGGGGGGAGGGAAACGAAAAUGAGGAAAAUGAAAGCGGGGACUUGUAGAGAACCCUGGAGCUGUCACACCUUUUGUAAACGUGGAUGAAAACCGCGAUGGUCUCUCACUCUCUCUGUGGCUUUAGUUUUAUUUUUGUAAAAAAUAGAAAAAAAAAGAAAAGAAAAAGAAAAAAGGGGGAAAAAAGGAUAGUAAUAAAAUAAAAUGAAUGGUCCCAGGCCACUCCUCGAGAUUUGCCAAACGCUAAUGGGAAGCUGAAUUUCUGUUCCUUUCGGACCUCUCCUUCUGCCUCCAAAUAAUUGUUCAGGCUCCUGAUCCUGUCGUGACUCAAACUUCAUCGACCACGGCUUUUCAUUUAAGCAGACAUUUGCCUCUUUG